CUUCCCAGCCAUGGAAGUCAUAGACACUGAAAUUGAAACUUCAGUUCCUGAGAGGCAAGUGGACCAACAACCUCACAAGGUUCCUACCGCUGAAGAUGUGAAGCUUCCUAGUGUUGAAGAUGCCCUCCUUCCUACUCCGGAAGAUGGGAAUGGGUAUAGAGUUAUUUGUAAAACAAUGUUACAUUUGUUACAGGAUUGGAAGAAGACAGAAAUUGAGGGGGUGGGAUGCAAGGUCAGGCCUCCCAUGAAAUGUAACAUAACUGUGGUUGGUGAUGAAGGGGAUGAAGGGGACAACGAGGCUACUGCCACGGUUCGGAAACCAGAUGGUGAAGGCAAAGGGUGCAGACUUAAGCGGGCUGCGACACCAUUGUUGAGUCCAUUCACCGAUCCCUCCAGGAAAAAGAGGAAGGUUACUGAUUUGCAUGCACAGACACCUCAGCCCCGUUUUGAUCCAACAAAACCCGUGGCCAUGGACGAUGUGAAGGCUAUCAUACAACUUUGCAGGGCUUGGAAAACUGACAUCAGUGCGGAGCUGGAGCUCGAACCAUUUGAAGUUGGGGCAGAUUUUUUUUUACAAACUGUUAGAUGAAACUGCAUGGAUGAGCUCGAGGCACCUUGACAUGGCCAUGUUUCUAAUACGCAAAAGACAACUCUCUCAUCCGCAACUAUUUGGAAGGGAGUGG